AUGUCCCAUGUCAAAAUUGUCUCAGCCAAGGGGCGCGACUGCCAAACACAUGGAACAGAUAUGCGAGGAAGAUGGCGAGGAAGCGGUGUCACAUCUGGGCCUCGAGAUGACCUCGGUUCUCGACUGACGCGACUGGAGAGAGAACUCGACUUGAUGAGAACCUUAGAAUCAGAUGGCACGAAACCGCCUGGAAAGAACCACGAUGAUGCUGGCCUUCCACCCAGACAAGAACAGAUAGCAUUAAGCUUCAGAGAAGGCGAUGAAUUAGCCUUUUCUAAUAAGAGCUCUUCUCCCGAGGUCCAGGCGUUCUCAGGCGAGACGUCUAUCGCCCACAAUCUGACUGUGGUCGAAGGACGACUAGAGCAGAUGGGCGUUCAAUACUCCCGCGAGAGGUCAACGUCACCAAAUGGUCAAUUUAGAUCCAAUCUGACACCAUCUCCCGAGUCGUCAUUUCGAGGUUUUAAGGAGCAAGGAACAAGUCUUACACAGAGAGUCUUGCGCAAGCAUGGUAUAAUUCCCGAUCGAGACCAAUGGGAAGUCAUUAUGCAUACCUUCUGCGACGAAGUACAUGUUCUUGUCCCAUUUCUUCAUCUUCCAGCGGUGUGGAGGCUCUACAAGCAAACUUGGACCAUCUCUUUUGAUCAGGAAUCAAGCUGCAGCAGUAAUAGUGAAGCCCAGCGGUUUCAGGCAGCUCAUAUACUGCUGUGUCUCGCGAAUGGUAAAUGUGUGGAAUCUUCGCGAUUCGAGGGAGACGAGGGCCCAUAUUCGGCAGGCUGGAGUUUUUACAGUGCUGCGCGUGACGCUUUCGGCGAUCUCCUUGAUGGGUUUAGUCAAUGUACAGACCAGAUAUUUCUUCUCCAAACGGUUGUUUUGAUGGUCAUUUACCUUUUCCGCCUCGAUGCUCACGGACCUGCCGAAAAGGUUUUAGCUCUAUCGAUAUCCCACGCGCAUCACCUAGGAAUCCAGAGGAAAAGGAUAGUCGAUGCCAUGACUCCAUUCGAAGGGGAAAUGGCCCGUAGGCUUUGGUGGUGCAUUUACCUACUAGAUCGAAGACUAGCUAUCGAGACCGGUCGACCAUUCCUGAUUCAAGAUGUGAAUGUUGAUGUCGGACUUCCUCACAAUUUUAGCGACGAAAGGCUGGAAAAAUAUCAAGAAAUCCUGCCAGUGACGACAGGGGAAUUUGGAAAAGAACGGACUGAAGGCCCAACUAUGGUUCCAUAUCUGAUAGCAAUGACUAGUUACUCCAGAGUUAUUGGUAAGGUAUGGGAAGCACUUUACGGAGCUGCCACAUCUGACAAGACUCCGACUACGCUGCUGAAUGAGUAUCUGGAGCAUCUCAUCGUGCAGUCUCAAAAGUACAUUUCGCAUGAAUUUUCUUAUGACCCACUCAGCCCAAGCCACCAUGAUUCCAAGGCACUGGCCUGGUGGCAAGUCAAGCAGCAAUUCAUGAUGCGCAUUAGAUGGUCUUCAAUCCACCUUUUGAUUCGAAAACCCAUGCUUCAAAGGUUAAUACCUACUGAUGAACCUGAAAUCAUCCAAAAUGAAGUUACAUGCAUGCGCUUAGCCCAGCGCAUUAUCGACGAUUUCAAAAAGGUCCCUGAAGAACACCCGAAAUAUUCAUUUCCAUUCUUGCACUACUUGACGAGUGCUACCAUUAUUGCGUUAGGUCUCAUAAUUAAACAACCGUCGUUCAAGGGUGCCUAUGGAGAUCUGACUUUGGAGGCCACGGUUUCACUUAGAGAGCACUGCCGCAAAACAUGGAUGUCUGGGAAAAUGAUACGAACUGUCGGAAAACUGAAGCAAAUGGCGGACGCUAUCUUGUCUGCCAAUAAUCACCACUCCGAGGAUACCAGGGCUUUGGACAUAUCGUCAUCUCUAAACAACAGUCACCGGAAUCAUCUAGUCAACGAAAUCGGGCGACCAAAUCUUUCAGCAUCAACCGGUGGCCCAGGUGACUUGCAUCCUGCCAUACGCACAAGAGCCCAAAGGCACGAUCUUCAAAAUGUUCGAACAGUUAACAGUCCACCACAAGGUUUACUAGACUCCUCAGCCGACUCUCGAAAAGAACCUGAAGGGACUGACAUCUCAAAAUUUGCACCCUCCCGUGGAAUGAGUAUUUCCUCACACCAUAUCCUUGAGAUAGGAGAUAAGUCGGAUAACACAUGUCCUCCAAAGAGUGCCUCGUCUCAGCAUAUAGCACCGGUAGAUCUUGACCUGAAUGCAUCAUACCCAGGAGAGAUGAUAGAUGAUGGGAUGGAAUGGCUCCAGUCUCUUUUCGCAAACGGAUUAGACGCGGACCUCCUCCCAGUUUGGGAUUGA